GGGAUAGCUGUUCUGUGGCCGCUUGUAGUGCGGCUCUUCGCAAAUGAGCAGAAAGGAGGCUAGGGCUCCCCUCCGCGCAUUUGAGCGAGCGGUGAGCCUCCGCGCGAUCGGCCACCCAGCCCAGGGCAGGGAACGGGUGGCGGUCGGCUGAGCCCGCGGUACCCGCCUCUGUCGCCGCCUCUCCGGGCCCCGCUCUCUCCUCAGGGUCCCAUGAUGGCGGCGGCGUGGAUGGACCCGACGCGGGUGUCUGUGACCUUCGAUGAUGUGGCCGUGACUUUUACCCGGGAGGAGUGGGGGCAGCUGGACCCGGCUCAGAGGACCCUGUACCAGGAGGUGAUGCUGGAAAACUGCGGGCUUCUGGUGUCUCUGGGGUGUCCUGUUCCCAGACCUGAGCUGAUCUACCAGCUGGAGCAGGGGCAGGAGCUGUGGACGGUGAAGAAAGACCUCUCCCAAAGCACCUGUCCAGGUGACAAAGGAAAGCCCAAGACCACAGAACCUACCACUUGUGAGCCAGCCCUGUCUGAGGGAGUCUCACUCCAGAAACAACUAAUACAAAGAGUUUCAGAGGACUCCCAGUUGGGCCAAAUCAACGAUAAGGAACGGUCAUUGGAAAUGCAAGAAGGACACUUGAGACCAGAGAUAGAACCCCAGAAGGGGAAGCUCCCUGGGAAACCAAGCUCUGAAUAUGGCAGCUUAGGGACACCUGGUGGUGUGUGUUCAAGGAUUGUAGAGGAGCCGGUCCCUCCAGGAGGUGCAGUCCAUGACCAUAACUCAUGUGGAUCUGGUAAUGAUCUCAUGAUUCAGGAAGAGGAAAGUAUCUUUAAAUGCAACGAAUGUGGGAAAAUUUUUAAUAAGAAACGCCUCCUUGCUCGACAUGAGAGGAUUCACUCUGGAGUGAAGCCCUAUGAAUGCACAGAGUGUGGGAAAACCUUUAGUAAGAGCACUUAUCUCCUUCAACACCACAUGGUCCACACCGGGGAGAAGCCCUAUAAGUGCAUGGAGUGUGGCAAGGCCUUCAACCGCAAGUCACACCUUACACAACACCAGCGGAUUCACAGUGGAGAAAAGCCUUAUAAAUGCAAUGAAUGUGGAAAGGCCUUCACCCACCGCUCCACUUUUGUUUUGCAUAACAGGAGCCACACUGGAGAAAAACCCUUUGUGUGCAAAGAAUGUGGAAAAGCAUUCCGAGAUAGGCCAGGUUUCAUUCGACACUACAUCAUCCACAGUGGUGAGAAUCCGUAUGAGUGCUUUGAAUGUGGCAAGGUCUUUAAACACAGGUCAUACCUCAUGUGGCACCAGCAGACUCACACUGGGGAGAAGCCCUACGAAUGCAGUGAAUGUGGGAAAGCCUUCUGUGAGAGCGCAGCCCUCAUUCACCACUAUGUCAUCCACACUGGGGAGAAGCCCUUUGAGUGCCUCGAGUGCGGGAAGGCCUUCAACCACAGGUCAUACCUCAAGAGGCACCAGCGGAUUCACACUGGGGAGAAGCCCUACGUGUGCACUGAAUGUGGAAAGGCCUUCACCCACUGCUCCACUUUUAUCUUGCAUAAACGGGCCCACACUGGAGAGAAACCUUUUGAGUGCAAAGAAUGUGGGAAAGCAUUUAGCAAUCGGGCAGACCUCAUUCGGCACUUCAGCAUCCACACUGGAGAGAAGCCCUACGAGUGCAUGGAGUGUGGGAAGGCCUUCAACCGCAGGUCAGGCCUCACCAGGCACCAGCGGAUUCACAGUGGAGAGAAGCCCUAUGAAUGCCUCGAGUGUGGGAAAACCUUCUGCUGGAGCACAAACCUCAUUCGACACUCCAUCAUCCACACUGGAGAGAAGCCCUAUGAGUGCAGUGAGUGUGGAAAGGCUUUCAGUCGCAGCUCAUCCCUCACUCAGCAUCAGAGGGUUCAUACUGGGAGAAACCCUGUCAGUGUGACAGAUGUGGGAAGAACCUUCACAAGUGGGCAAUCCUCAGUCAAUCUUCAAGAACUCCUAUUGGGGAAAGACUUUCUGCAUGUAACGACUGAGGAAAAUCUUUUGCCAGAGGAAACAUCUUACUCAGAAUCUGAUCAUUCAUACCAAAGAGAAACCCCACAAUUUUCUUCCCUCCCCGAGCUGGGCAGGCCUGUGAGGAGGGUGUGUCUUACCUCUGCGUCGGUGUACGAGCCCAACACCCGCCCCGGGUCCUCCGUACGGGAGUGUCCCGUGAGCGCCCGCCGGGGCCCCGACCCCGUCCCCGCGGCUCUGACGCGACGGCCUGGGCCUCGUGACCCCCCCCCCAACCCCCUCAUCCCCCCGCUCUGGGCAGGAGGCGGGCGGCUGAAUCCUGGAGCCGCCUCUGCGGCCCCGCUCUCUCCUCACGGUCCCGUGAUGGCGGCGGCGUGGUUGGACCCGGCGCGGAUGCUUGUUACUUAUGAGGAUGUGGCCGUGACUUUUACCCGGGAGGAGUGGGGGCAGCUGGACCCCGCCCAGAGGACCCUGUACCAGGAGGUGAUGCUGGAGACCUGCGGGCUCCUGGUCUCUCUGGGGUGUCCUUUGCCCAAGCCAGAGCUGAUCCACCCACUGGAGCACAGCCCAGAGUUACAGACGUUGAAGAGAGGCCACUCCCCGAGCUCCUGCCCAGUUCGGGAGUCUGGGAAAUCCAGGAUCAAGAUGCUGGCAGAUCUGGCGUCUGAUGAGGACCUGCUCCUUGGUGUGCAGAUGGCAGCCUUCUCAUUCUGUCCUCACAUGGCAGAGAAAAGAAGCAAGCUCCUUAGUAUCUUUUCUGAUGACGACACAAAACCUGACACUACAGAGCCUGCCCCUUCUCACCUGGCCUUGUCUGAGGAAGUCUCACCCCAGGAACAACCGACUCAGCGAGCCUCAGGGGACUCCCUGUUGGGACAAACCAAGGAUCAGGAUGGGCCACUGGAAAUGCAUGAAGGCCACUUGAGACCAGGGAUGGACCCCCAGAGGGAGAAGCUCUCUGGGCAAAUGAGCCCUGAACAUGGUGGUUUAGGGACACAUGAUGGUUGUCACUCAAGGAUUGUUCAGCAGCGAGUCUUUCCAGGAGAUAUUCUUUAUGAAUGUGACUCACAUGGACCAGUGAAAGGACCCUUGAUACAUGAAGGGAAACACCUCUAUAAGUGUGAGGAAUGCGGGAAAGUUUUUAACAAGAAUUGCUUCCUUAUUCGACAUGAGCAGAUUCACUCUGGCGUGAAGCCCUAUGAGUGCACAGAGUGUGGGAAAACCUUUAUUAAGAGCACACACCUCCUCCAGCACCACAUGAUCCACACCGGGGAGAGGCCCUAUGAGUGCACAGAGUGCGGGAAGGCCUUCAACCGCAGGUCACACCUCACAAGGCACCAGCGGAUUCACACUGGAGAGAAGCCUUACAAGUGCAGUGAGUGUGGAAAGGCCUUCACCCACCGCUCCAAUUUAGUCUUACAUAACAGAAGCCACACUGGGGAAAAACCCUUUGUGUGCAAAGAAUGUGGGAAAGCCUUUCGAGAUAAGACAGGUUUCCUUAGACACUACAUCAUCCACACGGGAGAGAAGCCCUUUGAGUGUGUGGAGUGUGGAAAAUCCUUCAACCGCAGAUCACAUCUCACCUGGCACCAGCAGAUUCAUAGUGGAGUGAGACCCUUUGAAUGCAAUGAAUGUGGGAAAGGCUUUUGUGACAGCACAGACCUCAUCCAACACUAUGUCAUCCACACCGGAGAGAAGCCAUACAAGUGCCUUGAGUGCGGGAAGGCCUUCUACCGCAGGUCACACCUCAAGCAGCACCAGCGGAGUCACACCGGGGAGAAGCCCUAUGUGUGCGGUGAAUGUGGAAAGGCCUUUACCCACUGCUCCACUUUUAUCUUACAUAAAAGAGCCCACACUGGAGAAAAACCCUAUGAAUGCAAAGAAUGUGGGAAAGCCUUUAGCAAUCGGUCAGACCUCAUUCGACACUUCAGCAUCCACACUGAAGAGAAGCCUUAUGAGUGCAUGGAGUGUGGGAAAGCCUUUAACCGUAGGUCAUACCUCACCAGACACCAGCGGAUUCACAGUGGAGAGAAGCCCUAUGAAUGCAUGGAAUGUGGCAAAGCCUUUUGCCAAAGGGCAAACCUCAUUCGACAUGCCGUCAUCCACACUGGAGAGAAGCCCUAUGUGUGCACUGAAUGUGGAAAGGCCUUUACCUACUGCUAUACUUUCAUCUUGCAUAAAAGGGCCCAUAUUGGAGAAAAACCUUUUGAGUGCAAAGAAUGUGGGAAAGCUUUUAGCACUAGGAAAGACCUCAUUCGACACAUCAGCAUCCAUGCUGGAGAGAAGCCCUACGAGUGCAUGGAGUGUGGGAAGGCCUUUAACCGCAGGUCAGGCCUCACCAGGCACCAGCGGAUUCACAGUGGAGAGAAGCCCUAUGAAUGCAUGGAGUGUGGGAAAACCUUCUGCUGGAGCACAAGCCUCAUUCGACAUUCUGUCAUCCACACUGGAGAGAAGCCCUAUGAGUGCAGUGAGUGUGGAAAGGCCUUCAGUCGCAGCUCAUCCCUCACUCAGCAUCAGAGGGUUCAUACUGGGAGAAACCCUGUCAGUGUGACAGAUGUGGGAAGAACCUUCACAAGUGGGCAAUCCUCAGUCAGUCUUCAAGAACUCCUAUUGGGGAAAGACUUUUUGCAUGUAACGACUGAGGAAAAUCUUUUGCCAGAGGAGACAUCUUACUCAGAAUCUGAUCAUUCAUACCAAAGAGAAACCUCUCAUUUUUCUUCCCCAUGAGAAAAGCUAUUGCAGGAUAUCAGUUGUCAUCUAAAGAGUCAUGUUAGAAAUGGCCUCAGCCUAGAAUCUUAUUCUGUAUCUGAAAAUUCACACAGGAGAGUGAUCCAAUCUUUAUUGUGCACUUAGCAAAACCCUCAGCCACAUCUUUCUCCUUAGUUUACACUACAAAAUUAUAUCAGGGAUAUUUAAAUAAAAGAGGAGGAGACGAGAAAAGAGAGAAAUGCAAACACAGCUUUCAGAUUUCCGUGAUGAGCCUGUGGCAAUUUGUCAUCCCUUCCUUAGUUUAUUUGAGGUAAGGGGAGUGUUGUUGCAGGGAUCAGAGGGCCUUGUUCCUUUUAUUUGUCUUGAAUAUACAUGCGCUGCUGUCCAAUGUCAGGAGAGUUAGACAGUUGAGGGUAUGUCUGAAAACAUUUACUGAAAGCCAACUUUGUUCUACAACAUUGUCUCUAUCCUUGAGUAGCAUAUGUUUUUUUGAGAAAUAUGAAGGCUUGACUUAUGAAAUACUUUCAUAUUUAAGGAGAUAAAGAUGUAUGUAUGAAUGGGCCCAUUUUACUGCAUAUUUAAGACUGAUUUUUUGAAAACAUACUGCGUCGUGUGUCUUUAACCACCUAACACUCAUACUUAAUCUACUUGUUUAUUUAUUCUUUUUUUUUUCUGUGGGGUGACAAUGACAGUGUAGCUGUGCGACCUUCCCAGAUGAAUCCCAGUUCUUCCUUCUGAUUCCUCCUUAGAGAGGCUUCUUCAGGUCCACCUCAGUGACUUUCUAGAGGUCGAAUUAGAGCCAGAACAAAAUGAAACACAUAGCUAAAUUAAGCUAAAGGAUAACGAUACAUGCAGAGAGGUAAUCUCAUUUUUAAUCUUACAAAAGAUUGUGUGAAGAGUCACUGUCAAGUAAAGUGACUAGAAUUUUAACAGAUGAAAUGAGCAUGUGUGGGUGCAGGUACAUGUGUGUUCCACAGUUGUUGCCAUUGGCUUAGUCCCAGUAUAAUGACUAAUGACUAGUAUCUUUUGUCAGGGUAUUUUGAAAUUCCUUCUUUGCAGUUUUGGUUUAUUUUUUGUUUUUUGGUUUUUUUUUUGAGCAACAUGUGAUAGUAUUCCUUCAUGUUAAGAAAUAUACUGUACAGAAAGACAUAAAAAUAAUCAUGUAUUCACUCUGAACCCUCCUGAGGGCCUUUCAAAUGACCGCAUGUCUAGUUUUGUAUUCCCAUUGUAGGCCAAGUCAUUUUUGUUACGUUAAUCCAUGGCAUUAUUGUGAAGGCCCCUUCUUCCUGCUUUUCAUGUCUUGUCUAAGAAGUCUUCAGCAAGCUCUAGGUCCUGAAUAUUUUCUCCUAAAAGUCUUAUAGUUUUACCUUUUAUAUUUAAAUCUCUAGUUCAUGUUGAGUUAAUUUUUGUAUUACCAUGUGAAGUUUAGGUUGUGUUUUUUGCCUCAGGAUGUUUAGUUGUUCUGGUACCAUUUGUGGAAAAGACUGUCCUGCCUCUAUUGAAAUGAACUUAGUAAAGAAUCAGUUGGGCAUAUUCAUUUUGGUCUAUUUCUGAGUUCUUUAUAUUAUCCUGUUGAUCUGGGUAUUUAAACCUCUGCUAAUACCACAUUAUCUUGAAUACUGUAGCUAUCAUUAAAUCUUAAAAUUGGGUAAAGUGAUUCCAUCUUCUUUAUUUUUAAAAAUUGAUUUAGUUUUCCAUGUCAAUUUUUCCUUUGGUUUUCUGUAUAAAUUUUAUCAUGUGCUUGUCUAUAUUUUAAAA